AUGGUGAAACUCACCGAGUCGGCCGUCUAUAUUCGUACGAAAAGUUCGAUUGAGAAUGUGAAAAAGCUGAAUUUGUGGUAUGCGUUUUUCGCGAAAUCUUUUGAAGAAAGAGCUGUUGCAGGGGAUGUGGAAUCGAUGAUAUUCAAGUGUGCGAGAAAAUGGCUCUUCUUGAAAUACUAUCCCUCAGGUAUUUAAAUAUAUUACGGUCUCCAGAGCUGACAAUGGGUGCAAGUGCGCCCCGCCCAAUAGAGCGAUACAUUGUCGCGAAAUUUAAAUUUUAACAGCAAAAUUUGUACGAUUAGCCACGAAAAACCGAUAAUUACUCAUUUGUCUCUCGAUAGACCGAUUGUACAGGCUAUUAUGAACUUCUUAAGCGCAAGAGCGUUAAAUUUUGUCAAGUCGCAAAUCACAUUUAUCCGUUUGAAGGUUUUUGGCUAAAACUGCGUGAAUUUCAGUUGCUUUUCGGUAGUUUUCGCAGUUCGAGCGCUCAAAAUGCUUGUAUUUACGUGAUUUAUCAUUCUCAAAACCGAUUGUGUCUGAAAACGGUCAAGAAAGCGCAAAAUGAGAAGUGCGGUUUUUAGGCGGCGAUCGGCGGCGAAGACAAAAAAAGCAAAGUCAGCGAAAAAUGCGCCAAAACGUCAUUAAUUCUGAGAAUUAGUGUGUUUUCAUGUCGAACAGUCAUUUUUCAUCGCCUUUGACCACAAAAAUCAGAGAAAACUAGCUCGAGAGAGGAUGACGUUAGCUCCAAAACAUUUGUUUCAGCAUGAACGAAGUGAAAACGCUGGCUCCUCUGCAAAACUGCAAGAAUCUGAAAGAGCUGUACUUGCGGAAGAACUGUCUGGAGAGUCUGGACGAGUUGGAGUACAUCAAGGAUCUUCCGAACCUCAGGACACUGUGGAUCGACGAGAAUCCGUGCGUGGGCGAGGGCGGACAGGAUUACCGACGCAAAAUUUGCAAAUUGCUUCCGAAUUUGACCAAAUUGGAUGAUAAACGUUCGCUUUUCUUAUUUUUUUCUAUACAAUCGCAUUAUUCGCUCUUUUCAGCGGUAACCCAAGCGGACCAUCAGGAGAUAAUCGAGGAAAGUGUUCCGGAAUGCGACAUGCUCACCUCCAUCUACAGUACCCGAUCGAACCGCUCCAAUUCGAUGGACCUCAUGAGCCGAUCCGUUUAUGGUAGCCCUUCCCCUCUCUUCUCCGUCACUACACUAAUUCAUCUUUACAGUAGGACCGACCGUCGUCGACAGAGUAAUGCCCUCACAAAUUCUGCACUUUGGCGACACUUCCGACGAGGAGAAGGCCACAUUUCCGACCAGAUCGUUCUCGGUGGAAGUGGCCGGAUUGCCGAUGACCGAAGAGCACACGACGGUCUAUUUGGACAGUGCGCCCGUCAGUCAGAGGGGGUCUAGACACAAUCUGAUGUCGCAGUCAAUGUACGGAACGCUUUGUGAGACACUGGCCGAGGAGCCGAGUUCGGCGGACGGAGAGGACGACUGGAAUGACUUCAGGUGGGUGGAACAUUCGAAACGGUGUAUCUCAGCUGCUAGUGGAGAUAUCAAAACGUUGUCAACUAAUAAAAUGUGCAAAAUGUCUUCCUUAGUAGUUCACUAGUUGAUCACUUUUUGAUAUCUCAAACGGAAACGGAGAUACAUCGUCUUGAAUCACUACUUCCAGCAUCGACGAGGACCGGGUCAUGGUCCCAAUGCCCCUGCAGGCUUCCCAUCGCAUGUACCAGAGUAUGCACGAGGGAAUGGUAAUGGAGAUGAAACGCCCAGUGAGUGCUCUUCUGAUCCGAUCCCCAAACGUUUGUUCCUCAGGUAUACGGUAGAUCGGUGAGUAUGCCACGUCGUCGGGCGGCCAAUCACACGUGUCGCGCGAGUUCGAUGAGCCCGGCGCGAGAGCAGCGACUCACGAAGAUCAUGUCGGCGGUGUCGGUGCUUCUCGACGAGCUGGAUCCGGACGGGCUCCGGCAGGUCGUCGAUGAAGCGCAGAGGAGACUCAAGAAACAGAGAUAA